CCAAUGAGACCAGGAUAAUAGCACGUCUGGUUCUAUUUCGACCAAACUGCAAAUAUUCCAGGGGUCAAAGGGUCGUUUCUGGGAUUACUUCCUGGUUCCUGCGGAGAGGAUUAUCCCAUCCAUGCGGCAGUAAGGAAAGAAAACCACAAAGACCCCUCCUGACGUCAGCCCCAGAAGAAUGCACCGCCAAUGAGUAGCCCACCAGGGUUGUAGUCUCUCCCUGGCUGGGAGCAUGUUCUAGAGGGGGACUCCCUGGCCGCCAUGAAAGGGUUGGGAGCUAACCGCAGCCGACACCUCUCCGACUCCUGUGACCCCUCGUCCGGCCCCCCGGAGGCCCUGUACCCCCAGCCCCCCGUCCCUCCUCGCAGCCCGUACCUGCUGAGCCCCGCCAUGGAUCACUACGGCACCAUGGACCCCCACCACUUCCCCUCCUCCACCCCCGGCUCCCUCCCUCCCGACUGCAUGCUGCCCCUCAACAACCAGCUUUCCACCAGCAGCACCUUCCCCCGCAUCCACUACAACUCGCACUUCGACCAGGCCGACUUCUCACCCGGCUCAGUGCCGGGUGGGGACAGCAUCGGUGGGAUCAGCACGGGCACCCUGGGCACCUCCAUGUCCAUGGGCAUGGGGAUGGGGAUGGGCAUGGGCGCCGGCAUGGGUCUGGGCAGGACACCGGUCAUCACCAGCGGCUCGGCCACCAUCUCGGCCGGCGGCCGGAUGAACCGCCUGCCGCCCAACCUGCUGGACCAGUUCGAGAAGCAGCUCCCCGCGCACCGCGACGGCUUCAGCACGCUGCAGUUCCACCGCAGCGCCGCCGCCAAGCAGCGUGCCGACAGCCCCGGCCGCAUUCGUUACCUGGUGCACUCCGUGCAGAAGCUCUUCGCUAAGUCGCAGUCGCUAGAGAGCUCCGUCAAGGGCAACGUCAACGGCCGAUUUGCCAGCGGCAACGCCAAGGCCACCGAGGACGGCAAGCAGGGACGGCGGAGCAAGAGCAAGGACCGGGCCAAGACGGAGGGCGCCAAGCGGCGGCCGCGCUCCAACAUGUCAGGCUACUGGAGUUCUGACGACCUGGACGGGGACAUCGGCAUCAACUACCGCAACCCCGCCGUCGUCAUGACGCCAGGGCGGGCGGGCCCCGACGGACAGGGGCCCAGCAAGUACUUCCAGCAGGGCUAUGGCACUGUCACCGAACACAUGCUCAAGGUCUCCAAGAGCAACAGCGAGAUGGAGUACCCGAUCUGCCCCGCCCUGCCAGGGCCCGGCGGGGGUGGGGUCGGAGGGGGCGGGCCCGGGCUGGACGCUCACUUCCUUAAGGGGGGCUCCUGGUCCACCCUGACCCUCAGCCAGGCCAGGCAGGUGUGCCAGAAAGGCUCGGCCACCAUCGACCGGUCGCUGCUCAAGUCCAAGUCCUGCCACCAGGAUCUGGCAUGCCACUACCUGCAGGUACGGGGGCGAGUGCCCCCAGGGGACUGGAACAGCACCCUGGGCCGGGGCGGAGGGGGGGGCUCCAGUGAGAUCCCGUGCAGACGCAUGCGCAGUGGCAGCUACGUGAAGGCCAUGGCGGACCUGGAGGACAGUGAGGACUCGGAGGGCAGCCCCAAGCCCUCGCCCAAAACCGCCGCCCGCCGCCAGAGCUACCUGAAGGCCACGCAGCAGUCCCUGAGCGAGCAGCUGCCCCCGCGCAACAGGUCCCGGGCCUAUGCAAUGCUGCAGGGGGACCCGGAGAUGCUGUGGUCCCCAAUGCAGAGCAUAUCCUCUCUGCACCAGCUGGGCAGGUCAGUCUGCCUUCCCUCUCUGCGAGAGAUGUCCAACAACCGCAGCCUGGACAACCUGGACUGCAUCGGCGUCUCGGGCGGCUCGGCCUUCCCGCGCUGGGACGACGAGGAUUUCAGCCAGGGCUGCAAUACUCUGGGGAAGAGCAGCUGCAUCAGCCAGGUGCGGGAGAUGGAGGUGAGCCAGCGGUACGAGGAGAUGUGCUCGGAGUCGGUGUUCGGGGAGGGCGACUCGCAGGGCGUGGAGGCGCUGGACCUGCCGCUGCCCACCUGCUUCCGUUCCCGGAGCCACAGCUACCUGCGCGCCAUCCAGGCCGGCUGCUCCCAGGAUGACGACACCGCCUCCAUGGACUCGGACUCGCCCCCGCCCACCGGCACCACCGUCCGCACCUACAGCACCAGCACCAUCUCCACCUGCAUAACCACCUGUAAGAAGACAGCGCCGCCCCCCGUGCCCCCCCGCACCACCUCCAAGCCCUACAUCUCGGUGACGGUGCAGAGCAGCACCGAGUCGGCACAGGACACCUACCUGGACAGCCAGGAGCGCAAGAGCGAGGCCAACAGCCAAUCGGGGCGCAGCAACUCGUCGGACAGCCUCGACAGCGCGCGGGCCAGCAGCCUGGCCAAGGGCCACCGCGGCCCCGCCCCCGCCCCCGCCCCCGCCCCCGGCCCUGCACCCGUCGCCACCCCCCGCGAGCCCCCGCCACCGCCCGACGAGCCCCAGCAUGACGCCCUGAAGAGCGCCAAGGGGACGCUGACCGCCGAGGAGCCCCGAGCCGAGAUCGUGCCCCGGAGGAAGCUCUCUUCCAUCGGUAUACAGGUGGACUGUGUUCAGGCAGUGCAAAAGGCAGAGGAGACCCCACCGCUGACCAGGUUCCAGUCCAUCGGAGUGCAGGUGGAGGACAGCUGGCAGCUCAGCCGAUCCAGCAGCAUGGCAUCCAAACAGGAGACGGACUCCGACACGCAGGACCUCCACAACGCCCGGCCCGCAGAGAAGACCACGGCGAACAGCGCCUGCCAGUCCACCGACUGCCCCACCCCGCCCCACCACCGCCACCCCCACCCCCCGCAGGGCAACGGCGAGGGCGGGGCGGGCGCCCGCCAGCCGCCCAGCUGCACCGCCACCCGCAGCAGCUCCUCCUCCUUCUCGGAGAGCCUGGACCCGGCGCUGGACCCCUCCUCCCUGCCACCGCCUGACCCCUGGCUGGAGAGCGGGAACGGCAGCGCCCCCUGUGGGCCGACGCAGCCCGGCGCCUCCGCCGCCGCCACCUGCCGCCGCGACGGCCACUGGUUCCUGAAGCUGCUGCAGGCCGAGACCGGCCGCAUGGAGGGCUGGUGCCAGCAGAUGGAGCAGGAGACCAAAGACAACCAGCUGUCUGAGGAGGUGCUGGGGAAGGUGCGCAGUGCGGUGGGCAGCGCUCAGCUCCUCAUGUCCCAGAAGUUCCAGCAGUUCAGAGGGCUCUGCGAACAAAACUUGAAUGUGAACGCCAACCCGCGGCCCACCGCUCAGGACCUGGCCGGGUUCUGGGACCUGCUGCAGCUCUCCAUCGAGGACAUCAGCAUGAAGUUCGACGAGCUCUACCACCUCAAGUCCAAUGACUGGCAGCUGACGGAGUCCCCGGACAGGAAGGAGGACAAGAAGCCGGCGCCCCCAGUGCCAAAGAAGCCGUCUAAGGCCAAGCCGGCGGCGGCAGCUCGGGAAAAGGCGGGAGGCGACGCGGACAAGCAGCGGCAGGAGGCCCGCAAGCGGCUAAUGGCGGCCAAGCGGGCGGCGUCGGUGCGGCAGAACUCGGCCACGGAGAGCGCGGACAGCAUCGAGAUCUACGUACCCGAGGCCCAGACCCGGCUCUGAGAGAGGGAGAGGGGAGCCAUGGGGGUCAGGGGUCGGAGGUCGGGGUGGGUGGGACAGUGGGGGUUCGCCCUCACCAAAGGCCGAAGGAACGCGGGGGUAGGCUGGUCCUUGUGGCAGCACACACGGAAUGACUUUGGAGGGGGGGGACACACGAAAAAAGCACUCCUUUUUGCAUAGCUGCCAUGGAAAAACCUCAACAGACUUUGUUAUUGCUAUUAAUAAUAAUAAUGAUAAUAAUAAUGAUAUUAUCUCCGUAACGAUAUCAGACUGUCUUUAAAUGUCAUAAUAUCUUGGAUAAGAGAUCUUCUACCGUGCGGACUGAAGCGUUGCCACGGCAGCCCCUUGCCCCGCCCUCUGCACGCCACUCCUCACAUCCAUUUGCAGACAGACAGACAGACAGACACACGCGUGUGCGUUCGCCCAUCAACCUUCGUCUUCCUGCACUUUUUUUUUUUUUUUUUUUUUUUAGUUCUCUCUCUUUUUUCUGUUUCUUUUUCUUUUGGCAUUAAGCCUUUGUGCGCGCCCUUUGCUCGCCUUCAG